AUCGUCACCACAAUCAGCAUCAACAUCAAGGCCUAGGCUUAUUAUUUAAAUUCUACCGCCAUCUAUAAAAAGUCACUUGCGAUCUUUAAUUUGUUUGCGAGAAAAGAGAGGAGAAGAGGAGGAGCUACUGCUUGUUUUAAAAAGUUUACGGCCACAUCUUCUCUGUCGUCUUCGUACUGUGAUGUGACGUUUGUGCAUAAUUUUAAGUGGAAGGUUUUCUUUUGGACUAAAUGGCGUUGUUGCAAUUAAAAUAUUUCGGGAUCUUAAGGUUACAGAUUGUAUUCACAAUAUGUUGCCUUUGGCCAGUUGUGUGUAAAAGCGAGAUUCUUAUCAGUGAGAUCAAUGCGGAUAAUCCAACGUAUGAUAUUCGCGAGUUUAUAGAAUUUGUAAAUAACGGAACACAAGCUGUAAAUCUUUCAAGUUAUACUGUAGUGCUAUACAAUGGUAAUAAUAAUCAAGCUUAUUUUGUUAGAAGACUAAGUGGGAUGUUGCAACCUGGUGAUUAUUAUUUGUUAGGAUCAGGAAACGUACGACCUGUACCAGAUAUAAUAAUCUCGCAGAGAAUCAUUCAAAAUGGUUUGGACGCAGUUGCGUUAUAUAAAUCACCAACAGUGAAUUUAAUACGUGGAUUGCUUGUAACAAAUGAAUCUCUUGUUGAUGCAGUUGUUUACGAUAAUGGUGGUUUUACAGGCUCGCAUACGUUACUUGAUGUUCUCACGCCUGGACAGACCGCUGCUUAUGAAAAUGCGUUUGCUUCACCGGUCAAUGAUGAGUCUAUUAGCAGAUGUGAUUGGUCAGGUGUCCGGAAUUCAUCAUAUUUUGCUGUAAUGCCACUCUCUCCGGGAGCAUCAAAUCCGUGCAAUGCGACAACACUUCAGUCUGUACCUUCAACACCUUCACCCAAUGUGACAGUGUCACCGAUACGUAUAUCUGAAAUCAAUGCAGAUAAUCCUGGAAGCGAUUUUAUGGAGUUCAUUGAACUUUAUAAUAAUGGAAAUUCAGAAGUGAAUCUUGAUAACUAUACUGUUGCGCUGUUCAAUGGACGAAACAACAGAGUUUAUCGCCUGUUCUACCUGACUGGUUAUUCGGUUGCGGCUAACGGAUACUUCUUGAUUGGAUCUUAUCGUAUUAAUCCCUCACCAGACUAUAUUGUACCAAACGCAUCAAAUGCAAACUUCCUCCAAAGUGGUCCCGAUGCCGUGGCUGUUUAUUACGGGGAUCGCAAUCUCAUCUCAACCGGUAUGCGUACAAGUAGAAAUCUUGAUUUACUUGUAGAUGCUGUUGUUUAUGACAGACGCGCAGGACGGUUGUUGUCAUUAACAACAGUUCUCACACCAGGCGAGGGCACUGUACAUGAAGACAGGAAUUAUUUCAGUGGUGAUGAUGAAUCAAUAAGUAGAUGCAGGGGCAUGGAUGCAAGAAAGGCAUUUCCAUUUAGACUGACCCCUGCCACUCCUGGUGCUCCGAAUAACUGCACUUUACCAGAGCCGACACCUACUCCAACACCAACCAGUCCCAAUAGUACGUGCGAGGAAAUUUCUCAAAACAGGGUGUUCAUUAAUGAACUUCAUAUAGGGACUGAUGGACCACAAUACAUUGAGCUCAUUUUACCAGCUAAACAAAAUAUGGACAAUUAUAUCCUUGCAAUAUUUAGAGGCAACUCUGGCUCUUUAUAUAGAACCAUUCAUCUUAGUGGUUACACACCAAGUGAUAUAUUUUUUGUAAUAGGUCACCCAAGUGAUUCGUACACACCAGAUGUUGUCAUUGAAGGCUUCAGGUUUCCACGCCGUGGCAUCAAUGCUAUUGCUCUUUAUUCUGGUGAUGCUAAUACUCUAAUUGGAAAUUCAGAUGUCACAACUUGUAAUCUUCUCGAUGCUGUUGUCUAUGGUAGGUCUCUGUACCUUAACAACAUUCUGCGCCAGACUUUGAUACCAGGACAAGAACCUCUGACACUGCCAUCAAACACCGAUGUAGAAGUGUUGUCACUUGGACGAUGUCGAGGAUGGAAGCCUUCAAUUUUAAGUUCAUAUAGAACGAUGCCUUUGUCUCCAGGAAUAGAGAAUACUUGCCAGAUUCCUCAGAUUUAUAUUAAUGAGAUAAAUAUUUACGAGACUGCUGAGUCUGGACAAUUUAUAGAAAUUUAUGAUGGGGGAGUAGGACAUGUGUCUUUGGAUGGUGUCGUAAUUUUGGCCUACAGCAAAUAUUUGUUUUUUGGAUCUGCUUUUGACUUGACAGGAGCGACUACUGACAUAGAUGGAUUUUUUGUUGUUUCAUCUGCGGGAAGCAAUGUUAAUUUAAGUCCACCACUGGGAGUGGCUCUUCUUUUGGGUCCACCAAAUUAUGAAGUUGCUUCAAAGAUCAAUGAAAAAAUUGAUGCUAUUGUCUGUGGAAAUGAAGGGGAAGUGAAUUUGGAUUUCCUUGAGAAGCUAACCCCCGGGCAAGACCAGGUUAAUAUUCCUGCACAGCCAGAGAGCAUCAGUAGAUGCGAUACAUCACAACGUCUAAGUAAUGCUAUGUUUGGACAUGGGCCUCGUACUGAAUGGGAAUUGAAUACCAACUGCACAAGGAAUAACUUGACAGUUACUGAGACUUUACCUGUAUAUCAAAAUUUGAUCAGAAUUAAUGAAAUAAAUGUAAAUCAACCAGGACACGAUGCUGCAGAGUUCAUUGAACUAUCUGGCAAUAUUAAUACAAGUUUAGAUGGACUCAAAGUGGUGCUGUUUAAUGGAAGGAAUCGAGAAAAGGCUUACCGUGUUUUUGAUCUAACUGGCUACCAAAUGGACUCCUAUGGUUUCUUUCUUAUUGGUGCGCCAGUGAAUGGUUCGCAACCACAGAUAGAGGUUACAGAUAGGGCAUGGCUGCAGAACGGACCUGAUGCUGUCGCUCUUUAUCAGAAUUCAGACAUUGUUGUUGGUGACCAGGCCAACACCGUAAAUAUUAUUGAUGCUAUUGUCUACGGCACAAGGCAACGUGUUGAUCGCCGACUAAUCCGGCUUCUGGUUCCGGGACAAAAGCAAAUUAUGGAAGAUACAAAUCAUGUUGAAGGUGAUGAAGCUAUCCUACGAUGUUUCUCACGCAAGGCUUUGGAACAAUAUGCUUUCGGUCUCGGUUAUCCAUCUCCUGGAAAACCUAACAUAUGUCCCUUACCACCAGUGAUCAUUAAUGAAAUUAAUAUCCAUACGGAAGGCCGUACCGGAGUUUAUAUUGAACUUAAAACCCCAGGCAAACCUAACUUUCCUCUGGAUAACUUGACUCUGGUUGAAUAUGUAGCUGAUAGCGACCUCAACAAAUUUUCAGUUAUUGAUAAUGUACGUACCAAUAGGGAUGGCCUCUUGCUACUAGCAGACUUUGGAUCCCUAUUACCAAUGGACGCUUUGCUUUUUACUGGCCUUUCUGAUUUGGGGGACACUGAGGGAGCUAUUGCUCUUUUCCGCGGUGAAUUCCGUGAAGUUUAUUCACGAGAUACCGCGACUUCUGAGGGGUUGGUGGAUGCUAUCAUAUUUAAGAAACAACAUGGAGGUUCUAUUUGGCAGGGGCCACCAAAUAUUCCUUUAACCAAAUUUGGACAUGUUGUAGUUGAGACGUUCGAUGAGAGUGUGGUGGAUGAGUCUGUAAAUCGCUGUGAAUACGAAAAUGAGACGGUUUAUGUGACAAGGACAUUGAGCCCGAAGAUGUUGAACCAUUGUCCGCCGCAUAAUGUAGUAUUGGUUAUCAAUGAACUCAAUAUGUUCCCGGCAGAACAGUAUAUUGAAAUUUGGGAUCUUGGGUUUGGAUCAACUUCUCUUGAUGGGUUUCUUAUCGUUCUAUUUAGUGAAUCUGGCCACUCAUAUUUUACAAUUGAUUUAAAUGGCUAUACAACAGAUCAGGAUGGUUAUCUAGUAGUCGGAGUACGAAUCACUGAACCGUAUCCAGCUUUGACAUUAGCACCAGGUUUUAUGAGGACAUCCACUGGGGCUGUUGCUAUUUAUAAGGCUGCUUUUGAGAUGUUUUCCGAUCAAGGACUUACCACUCCUGUUGGGCUUAUGGAUUGUGUAGUAUAUAGUGACUUUAGUAGACCAGUGUAUAGUUGGACUGCAAACCUGUAUGCAAACCAACAACCCCCACUCUUGUCAUCAAUGUUCCAAUCUUCCGGUCAGUCUCUUAGCAGAUGUUUAUCGCUUGAUCAUAACACACCUACACCAUUCCUUGUAUCCGAUCCUACACCAGAAGCACUAAACGCUUGUCCCGUUCAGACGUAUGAUAUCCUCAUCAAUGAGCUUAAGGUACGCCUUACAUACUCAGGGUCAGAGUUCAUUGAACUGCGAACUGCGAAUGGAGAGUUCAUGGAACUGAAUGGCAUCUCGGUUGUCUUGUACAGUGGCAUUGAUCAAGAUCGGUCGUAUAGGACUAUCGAUCUUACUGGUUACAAUACAGAUGAUGAUGGAUAUUUCUUGAUUGGCAAUGACGAAAGACGAGCUGAUUAUUUUAUAAAGUCUGGUUUUUACGGCUUUCUUCAAACGGGUCCAGGUGCUGUGGCCAUAUAUAGAGCGCCCUCUGGGGCAUUCCUUCAUGGGACAACAGUCACUACAACCAGCCUGAUAGAUGCAGUUGUUUACACUAACGAUUCGGGCGAUAGAACUCUACUCAACACUCUAGCCCCGAAUCAAAUCAUAGUUAAUGAGAAUAGUAUGCACAACAAGGGGGAGGAGUCCAUCUCAAGAUGCCUAAGUCAGCUACCGGUCACAUUCUCUGCUUUUGUGAACUCCCAACCAACACCAGGCACCUUUAAUAAUUGUACGUUGACAAAAAUUCUAAUCAACGAAGUGAAUGCGGAUCAGCCUGGGAAUGACAAUGCUGAUUUUAUCGAGUUAUAUGAUGGUGGGCGCGGAAAUGCAUCUUUGGAUGCGUUAGUAGUGGUGAUAUUUGAUGGUAGUACCAGUAGAAGCAUGAAAACAAUACCUCUUCAAAAUUAUCGAACAGACAGCAAUGGAUACUUUCUAAUAGGUCAUGGAUUGGAGAACUUGGACAUAGAUGUUAACAAUGGAGGUUUCCUAAGCAACGGCCCUGGCGCUGUAGCCCUCUAUAGAGGAGACCAUCGUAACCUGAGUUUUGAACUUUUCCCAACAAGGACCCAUCUUGAGGAUGUAUUGGUGUAUUCAACAAACGAAGAAGUGAACUUAGGCCUGGUGACCAACCUUCUUCCUGGCCAGUCUGAAGUUUUGGAAAAUGCCACUUUCAUUGAGGGGGAUGAAAGUAUUGGACGAUGCUAUAACCAGGACUUACAGAGUAGUAAGGCCUUUGGACUUGGAAAACCAACCCCCAAACAACCCAACGUCUGUAUCGAUAGUAAUACUGGUCAAGGCAGCAAACCACGCAAGUCCGAAAUUGUUAUCAAUGAGAUUAACCCGAGAAGUAGCUCAGACAAUGGACCUCAGUUUAUCGAACUGAAAGGUGAUCCCGGCCAUUAUUUAGAAAGCUUCAUUAUAGUUCUCUACGAGAUCCUAGAAUUAGGUGCAAGAAUAUACUCUCGGUUCAGCCUAGGUAAGAACACUAUUGGAAAAGAUGGCUUCUUCCUGAUAGGUGAGCAGGGAAUGAAUCCAACUGCAGACCUUGAAAUAGGGAAUGGUGCUGAAGAAUUGAUACAUAGUGCUACAUCUGCAGUAGCACUGUAUCUUGGCACAGAAGAAGCAUUCCCAAUUGGAGGGAUAUUGACCACUGAAAACCUGCAAGAUGCCGUGAUUUACACCACGUUUAAUACCUCAACUGCAUCAAAUUAUGUUAUCCAGCAGUUGGCUUCAAAUCAAGGUGUUUUCUAUGAGAAUAACAAGAUCCUGUCGUAUCAGGUGUCCAUUAGCAGGUGUUUUUGCUGCCAAACAAGAAGCACUAAUGCCUUCAUGAUGUCUGCCAUCUCACCCAAAGAAGACAACACUUGUCCACUUAAGAAGUUCCUGAAGACAAUCCAGAUGAGAUUGAUAAAUGCAGACUAUAGCAAGUGGAAAGGAGACAGCUUUUUACUGUCUGCUUUGGUGGAUGUUGUUGUUAGUGGAAUCGAGAGCAAAUGCAAGUGUGGCUUCAGUCCUGCAUAUUUCACAAGAAAUAAGGUCCUAAAUGGAAGUGUUGUAUUUCAGACAGAUAUGUCAGCCAUUACCAAAACACAGGCUGAUCAGCUGUUUGCGAGUUAUAAGUAUUUUAUCCAGAACACAACAUCUGUAAUUGUAGCCAGCCAAAACUUUACUGUAGAUACCAGUUGCAUUGUGGGAUGUGUCCCUGAUGAUGAGUUCAUUGUGCCAAGUAAACAAAGCAGCGAUACUGGAUUGAGUGCUGGUCUUGUUAUAGGUGCAGCUAUUGCUGUUGUUACAUUUGUUGGCAUAGUUAUCGUUAUUGUUUUCAUCAUUAGGAAAAAACAUCUUUGCAAAUGUAGAAAGUCAUUGGAUAUAGAUGUUUUUAAAGUUACUAAGACCCAAGAGCUAAAUGAUCUUGAUGUUCUGGGCACAGUUUAUGAUGUUACAGCGCCCUCUUCAGUUAGUGGGUCUGUACCAUUUCAGCCUUAGUCUUCCAGUCUGUAUAGAGGUCAAUCUCACCUUGAAAUGAAAGAGAGCAACUUAUUUCAACCAAAAAUAAAUAAAUAAAAUAAAAAGUUUAUUGUUUUUAAUAUGAUAAAUAUAUUGAAUAUAUAGUGUUUUCCGGUGGUAUUUCUUCACUGAUUGGGAUGCAUUCCCUUAACAGUGGUUUAUCAAGGAUUUAAGGGAUGGUGUCAAGUUGAUAAGUUUUAAGUUUUUAUCGAGUUGUUGCAAUAUCUAAAUCUUACUUCAUUAUAUUUAGGGUGUGCAUAAUUUGUAGGAAGUAAGGAGUUUUAGGUAUUCCCAACAGUGGUAGAGAAUACACGUUUAAAUGACUCUGACAACAGUAUACUUAAUUUAAAAAUCUUGCAUUGUCUACACAUCUGCAUGAAUACCGUAGUUCCCUGUAUAUAAGCACAUCUCGAGUAUAAGCCCAUUCCCUGCUUUACAUCCUGAUUCAUGAACCAGUGUUUACUCAUGAUUAUGCCUAGGGUAUCAUUUGAAGGAGUAGCUCAGCUGACUUAUAAAUACCUGCAGAAAUAUUUGCCUUUUGAUUGGCCGUCCCUAUGAAUUUAAAGUUGUUUGAUGAGCAGAGAUUCCCCGCGUAUAGCCCCCACCCCCCAAAAAUCAGCCCAAAUUCAUGUUUAAGGGUGUUGGGCUUCUACACAAGGACCUAUGGUAUGUGUAGUUGGGGUGAGUCAGGCAUGCAGUAAAUUGAGUACUGUAUACUCAUAGUUUCAUUAAAUGAUUUGAUAAGUAUUACGUAACACUAAAAAUUCCAUGCCAGUGUACAAUACAUAAAAAUUGGUUAUAAAAUAAGAAUUAAAUUUAAUUAAUUAAUUAAUUAAUUGGCCUAUUAUAAUAUAUGCAUUCCAUUAUUGUGGUUGGAAUCGUUUAAACUUCUUUAAAUUCAAAAGAUUAUGGUGUUACAAAAUUAUUCUUCAACUGCAGAGUUUGUAGGAUUGAAUCUGUUAAUUUCUAUUUAAUAUUAUUGCAUGUUUUUAAUUGUUAUGAUGAUAUCUGAUGAUAUGCUAUAUAAAUAGAAAAUAUAUAGUCUUCAUUAAAUUUGCAAUUUUUAUAUAAAAUAUUUUAUAAAAUAAAUAUAUAUCACAUCUUUUUCAUUUUUAUAAUAACGAUAUUUUGAAAGUUGUUCUUGAAUUCAUGUAUUGUCUUCUCAAUUAAUUUGAAUUUUUAUAUAUAAAGCAUUUUAUUAUUAAGAUGGUAAUAGCAAUGACAGGGUUUUACAUCAUUUAGUGAGAGACUGAUUUGAAGUGGCAAAGUUUGUUUGUCUUUCAUUUUUUUAGUGUACUGCACUUGCGCAGAUACACUCUAUGCUGUGGAAGAGAAAUUCCUGUGUAAGAUUGGAAUGUGUUAAGGUUCACUUGAGGUCAUAUAAUUUGACACAUGUCAAGUACAGUGUGUUGAUAAGAUGACCAAUGGCUGAUAGCACUUUGUCUGAUAAGAGUAAUUUUGACUUAGUUUCUGCAGACUGCAAUAUACUCAUGCUCCUAUCAAGAGCUUAUUUUUUAACACACUGCACUUGCGCUGAUAUACUCUAUGCUGUGGUAGUGUAGUAGUGGAAUGUGUUAAGAUUCAUUUCAGUUCAUUUUUUUAAUUUGACAGGCUUGCCAAAUACAGUUUGAAUAUAGUUUUAUCAGGGAGUUUGUACUUGAUCCUACACUUUGAUAAAUGGCUCAUAGCACCUUGUCUGAUAAUGGACUUUGUUUAGCGUAAUUUUGACCUAGUUUCUGCAGUAUACUCAUUCCCCUAUGAGAAGCCUAUUUUUAUGAUAGGAUGUGGAUGGUGACUGCAGAAUGGGGAUGAUGAUGAAGGCAGGGGCGACUACAGUAAUGAUGAUUAUGUUAGGAUGACUGAUGAUGAUGAGGAUGAUGGUGAUGAUGUCGACAGAUAACAAAUGGCUUAUAUUGUAUAAACCCAUUCAUGUAUUAGGACACCUCCAUUACUGAAUGUGAUUAUGAUAAUUCAUAAGAUGAUUUGCGAUAAUAAUUUCAAUAACAGACAAUGCAAUUGAAGAUUUAAAGUUCAUUUUCUAUGUUAAAGAUUUUUUGUUCCCAAAAAAAAAA